UUUUAGACUUCCUCCUCUGCCUGUUUUCAUAAACAAACCGCACGUCCAAACCACUUUCUGUUUGUCGUAGAAUUCUUCGAUAUAGAUAAAUUGUUUUCCUGUAUUUGACUGAAAAAGAAUCAAGUGGGUAAACGCUGCUGAACACCGAGGUUGUUCCGAUUUGUCAGAACCGUGUGAGCACCGAAAGCGUGGUGGACUGCUGCACAGAACCUGCUGCUGCUGCUGCCGUCGCUGCAUAACACAAACCCGCUGCACAUCGAUUUUAUUUUUUCUGUCAAAAUCCGUCUGCUUAUAUUGUAAACAUCUCCUGUAAAAACAGACAUGGUGAAACUGACCAAGGCCAAGACAUUCCAGGCCUACCUGGACUCCUGCCACCGUCGUUAUAGCUGCGUUCACUGCCGCGCCCAUCUGGCUAAUCAUGACGAUCUCAUCUCUAAGUCUUUUCAAGGCAGUCAGGGCCGAGCCUACCUUUUCAACUCUGUGGUUAACAUUGGCUGUGGUCCUGCAGAGGAGAGGCUGCUGCUAACAGGACUUCACGCAGUGGCUGACAUCUACUGUGAAAACUGUCACACCACUCUGGGCUGGAAAUACGAACAAGCCUUUGAGUUGAGUCAGAAGUAUAAGGAGGGGAAGUACAUCAUUGAACUGUCCCACAUGAUAAAGGACAACGGCUGGGACUGAGAGACUUCAGUGUUCACCGUGACUCUCAUAUAAAAAAAGAAAAAAGUUGCAUCCCCUCUACGUCAAGGGUUCCAGUGUAGCUUCCUUCUCCCGCAUUCGAGCCCCAGCUUCGUAUGGCUUUGCCGACCGUAGCAUGCAAUGCCUCAUCUGUUUCUCUUCUUUGUGUUUUUCCAACAAACAACAACAAUGACACAUGUGCUGCUAUUGCUAUCCUUAUUGCUAGCUGUGCUGGGACAUGGAACGAGUGAGUGCAGGGUGGUGUGUGAAAGUCUGACAGUGUAGUCAUACAGGUGUGCUGGUUAUUCUUCUUUUUAACUGUGUUCCAGUAAUGACCCCCCAUCCCCACUGUAUGAGGGACCACCAAAACAUGAUGCUGUGUAGAGGUGUGGCAGUUAAAAAAUAAUGCAACCGUCCCGCAGGUCAGAUGCAGGGGUUUGGGGGUUUUUGUAUGAAGUUCAGUCAUCAUGGGCUCAAGUGUUUUAUCUGUUAAACCUACCCUUCACUUACAGGGAAGGGUGUCGGAAAAAAAAACUCUUAAUUGGUGACGUUUAUAGUAGUAAGCGCAGUGAUGUGGUUAUCUUGUGCCAAAUGCAGUCAGAGUGUGAAAUUAAUGAGGCCAAGUACACAAACAUCCCCUGAACGACUUCUUAAAUCUGGAUUAUUAGUGGUUUUUACUGUAGGUUUAUUAUUUGGUGUUUGUUUGUGUGUGUGUGUGUUUAUGUGUGUGUAAGAUGCCAUAAGGUGUACGGUGUUUAGGUGUACGGUGUUUAAAGGCGUCAGUUCAGAUUUCACGUCGUUGCACAGUUGUUACAUCUUGACUCUGACUUCAUGCUGAUGAGAUCUAUUCUCUGUGUUUGUGUAGAACCUAAACGCUGAGCCCUUUUUCAUGUGUUACUCUGCCCUGUUAGAGUGAAAUGGAUUUAGGAUCAUGUAGCGUAUUUAUGGUGAUUUUAUUUUGUCUUUUUCUUUUUUUAAAUGUCUGCUUCUUCAUUUUUCAUUAAAAUGAAUUAUUUUAACAUUUUA